AUGUAUUUUACCGUAUUGUUGGCUCUGUUUUUGGUGGCAUUACCAAUAAAUUAUGCUGAAGAGGAAGAUAUCAGAAUAGGAAUAAUUGGAGGUGGUAUUGGUGGAACCUCAACAGCCUAUUAUCUAAAAUCAUUAUUUGGUGAUGGUUGCCAUAUUGAUCUAUUUGAAAGUGAGAGAGUUGGUGGGAGACUAGCUAAUAUUAAUAUUGAUGGCUAUGAUUAUGAAGCAGGUGGAUCCAUUAUUCAUCCUAAAAAUAAAUACAUGGUGGAGUUUGCUGAAAAGUUUGGAUUCAAGCAAAGUGCCUCUUUGGAUGGUAAAAUGGCAUUGUAUGGUCCUUCAGGAAUAAUUCUAGAAACUAGUUCUUGGAAUUUUGUUACUAUGGCCAAAUUCUUUUGGAGAUAUGGCAUGGAUAUUUGGAAUAUAGGAAGCUUCCUAAAGGAAAAUUUUCUUGAUAAAUUUGGAAAAAUUUAUGAUAUUCAAGAAGAAGGUUUAGCUUUUACAACAGUGGAAGAUUUGUUAAAAUCUAUGGAUGAGUCCUUAGUUAACUAUACCAAGAUAUCAAUUCAAGAUCUGAUGAUUGAGAAGGGAUUCUCAGAACGAUUUAUUAAUGAGCUAGUCAUGGGGGCUUUGAGGACUAAUUAUGGUCAGACUACGAAUGUACAUGCAUUUGUUGGUGCUGUCAGUUUAGCUGGAGUGGAAAAGGGAUUAUGGUCAGUGAAGGGAGGCAACUAUCAAAUUCCAGAACGACUUCUGAAGAAAUCAGGAGCUAAUUUAAUCAAGGCAAAAGUUACUCAUGUUAUUUUACAAAAAGAGAGUGAAAGUGUGUCAUAUGAAGUUCAAUAUCAAAAUGCAGAAGAUGGAAAAUCCAACAGUCGUGAAUAUGACAUUGUAAUUGUUGCCACACCUUUGAAAGAACUUGAAGAUCAUAUCAAAUUUGAAGAUUUUCCUAAUCCAAUUCCAUCUUCGUAUACAGACUUUCAUAGAACAAUAGCCUUAUUUGUCCAGGGUACCCCUAAUUAUACAGCUUACGGUUUUGAGAAUGCUGAAAAUUUUCCCCAAUCCAUUUUAACUACAGAUGAAAAUAUCUUUUGGAAUUCCUAUGGACAGCAUACCCCAGUGUCCCAGAAAAAACAUUUAAAUAAAAAUUCAGACAAAGAUGGUGACCAGGAGGACAACACAGUUUCAAAAAUAUUUUUAAACAAAGUCCCUACAGAGGAUCAAGUGCACUAUUUAUUUAAAAGUAGAAAGGAUUUAAGACUUGUGAAUUGGUUGGCUUAUCCUGAAUAUGCUCCUAAAAUGGAUUUACCUCCCUUUGUACUUUAUGAUCAAUUAUACUACGUGAACGCUAUAGAGUCUGCUGCCUCUGCUAUGGAGAUGAGUGUUAUAGGAGGUAGAAAUGUAGCUAAUUUAGCUUAUAAUCACUGGAAUAAUAUUUUAGAUAAAGUGGAUGAAUUUAGUAUUAAAAAAGACUCUAAAUCAGAUAAAAGUGAAUUAUAACAGUAGGCCUGAUGAGGAAUGAAUGUUGAUUUCUGUAUGGAUGAUUGUUCUGUAUUUGUUGUGUUAUUGGUAAAUCCUAGCUCAAUGUAUUGUAUAAGCUUAUCCUCAUAUAAUAAUGUAAACCUAUAUUGUUGUUAACCUUGCUGUCUAUUUUUUCAAGUAUCUUUAUGAACAUGAUUGUCAUCAGUUUUGAUGAUUUAAAGGGAUGCUUUCGCAAAUUUUAGGCCAAUCAUACUGUAGUUAAACAGGAAUUUUUUAGCUUAGCUAAUCGGUAAUAGUGUUCAUAGCUCACCGUCGAAAUUUGGGUCUUCAAAGCCGUGUGUGUCUAGAAUUAUCUGCAUUUGAAAGUUGAAAUGACCACUCAUUUUUUCUUGAGACUAGAAAUAGAAAGUGAAAUUCCUAGUUUGAGAUAUUUGAUGAUGAUUUUGGUACAUAACAAGUUAGAUAUAUACGAAGGUAUGGACUGCUCUUUACUGUUGACUAUGUACUAAUGUAUAGUGUUUGUUCUGUUGUUAUGUUUUGAUGAGAUAUAAGAGAAUAAAAUGUAAAGUGAAAUAUGAUAUUGCUAUUAUUGUGUAAUUGUUGGUCCGUACUGGACUGGACGUGAUCCACUUUCUUUUACAAUAGCAUUAGCUAUCCUUUCAAUCUGAAACUCAAACAUGUUAAGUUCUGUAAAUUAUUUUGAUGUAAAUAUUUGUCUAGACGUUUUGAAAUCAGAUUAAAAUAUGUUCAAUGAACAAA